GGGUACAAAUAACCUAAAUUAACCUAAAUGUCAAAAUGAGGUUCAAAGCGUAUUUUCCCGCUUUCUGAGCGUUACUACUUAAGAAAAUGCAGAAAAGCAUUACAUCUUUCUUUGCAAAGGCUCCAAAAACGGAUGAUUCGCCGACCGGAAAGAACGGUAUUGGGACCCCCACGAAUAAACGAAAAAAAGAAUCCCCCAACAGCGAUGACAGUGGAAGAAAGAAGAAAAAGAAAGAAGUUUCAAGUAUUAAACAAGAAAAAUCACCUAGAGGUGAAUCAUUAGUUACAAAAUUAUUAAAUAAAUCAGCUUCAAAUGAUGAUUCCCCAAAGAAAAGUUUGCUACAAAAAGAAACUAAAAGAAAUAAAGUUAAUAGGAUAAUUGAUUCUGAAUCGAGUGAGGAUGAAAUUUUGGUUAAAAAGGAAGUUAUUGAUAAAGAAGAUAGCAUUGAAUUAAAAACUGAGGAAAUAAAAAGGGAAGAAUUAGAAAUAAUAAAUGUUGAAGAGAAGACAGAAAAAAAAGUUCAUCCUUUUUUUGCUCCAAAUAAAAAUGAAUCUAAACAAGAUGAUUCAAACAUUUAUAAUCCAAUGAUGAGGAAAUAUCAUCCAAUAGAUAAUGCAAUUUGGAAACAAAAUGAGAAAGUUCCAUAUAUGGCGUUGGCAAGAACUUUUGAAGAAAUUGAAAACGUUUCAGCUCGUUUAAAAAUGAUUGAAAUCCUUUCAAAUUAUUUUCGUUCGGUGAUUGUUUUAACACCAGACGAUUUUUUACCCAGCGUUUAUUUGUGUUUAAAUAAAUUAGGCCCAGCUUAUGAAGGACUUGAAUUGGGCGUCGCCGAAACUAGCCUUAUGAAAGCUAUUGCGCAAUCAACAGGGCGAAGUAUGGCUCAAAUAAAAACAGAUGCACAAAACACUGGCGAUUUAGGUUUGGUUGCUGAGCAAUCUCGUAAUAAUCAAAGAAUGAUUUUUAAACCCGCUCCUUUAACUGUGAGGGGUGUUUUUGAGAAAUUGAAAGAAAUUGCUAAAAUGACUGGACAUGCUAGUCAGGCGAAAAAAGUUGAAAAAAUCCAAACGAUGUUUGUUGCCUGUAAAAAUUCAGAGGCGCGAUUUUUAAUUAGAUCUUUAGCUGGGAAAUUAAGGAUUGGUUUAGCAGAACAAUCGGUGUUACAAGCAAUUGCUUUAGCUUGCGCUACGACCCCACCGAAUCAAGAUUAUCCACCAGAAAUAAUAAACGCAUCCAUAGGAAAAUCAGCGGAAAGUUUUAAGGAGGUUUAUGACGAAUUAGCUCUAAUAUUGAAAACAACUUAUUGCGAAUGUCCAAACUACGACAAGAUAAUUUCAGUUUUAUUAAAAGAAGGAAUCAAAAAACUUCCAGAACAUUGCAAAUUAACCCCAGGAAUUCCACUUAAACCUAUGCUAGCGCACCCAACUAAAGGAGUACAAGAAGUUUUGCAACGUUUCGAUGGAUUUAAAUUUACUUGUGAAUGGAAAUACGAUGGAGAAAGAGCCCAGAUUCACAUCUCAAAAGAAGGCGUUGUAAACAUUUACAGUAGAAAUCAAGAAAACAACACCACAAAAUAUCCCGAUAUCAUCUCGAGAUUACCCAAUUGCAAAUCGGAACUUGUCGAAUCUUGCAUUUUAGAUUGCGAGGCGGUCGCUUACGACACGGAGAAAAAGCAAAUCUUACCCUUUCAAAUAUUAAGCACGCGCAAACGAAAGGACGCGAACGAAUCGGAAAUAAAAGUCCAAGUUUGCGUUUUUAUGUUCGAUUUGUUGUAUUUUAACGGCGAACCUUUGGUGAAAAAACCGUUUCAACAUCGUCGCGAGUUACUUAAAAAACAUUUUAAAGAAGUCGAAGGUCAAUGGCAUUUCGCGACAUCCCUCGAUACUAAAACGAUGGAGGAAGUGGAAGAAUUUUUGGAUGAAAGCGUUAAAGGGAAUUGCGAGGGAUUGAUGGUGAAAACGCUCGAAGAUGAGGCUACUUAUGAGAUUGCGAAAAGAUCGAGGAAUUGGUUGAAAUUAAAAAAGGAUUAUUUAGAAGGGGUUGGUGAUACUUUGGAUGUUGUUGUUAUUGGGGGUUAUUUAGGGAAAGGAAAACGUACCGGGACUUACGGCGGAUUCCUUUUGGCUUGUUAUGAUCAAGAUAAUGAGGAAUAUCAAAGUAUUUGUAAAAUUGGAACUGGAUUUAGUGAUGAAGAUCUUCAAAAACACACCGAGUUUUUUAAAAACAACAUUACAAGUCAACCUAAAUCUUAUUAUAGAUAUGAUCAGUCUCACUUACCUGAUCAUUGGUUUGAACCGGUUCAAGUUUGGGAAAUUAAAUGUGCCGAUUUAUCACUUUCACCGGUUCAUAGAGCAGCCUUAGGAAUUAUCGAUCCAGAAAAGGGAAUUUCUUUACGUUUCCCACGAUUUAUACGAAUAAGAGAUGAUAAACAAGUCGAAGACGCAACAUCCGCCCAACAAGUAGCCGAUAUGUACUCAAAUCAAGACCAAAUUAAAAAUCAACAAGGAAGUGGAAAAAUUGCGGAGGAAGAUUUUUAUUAACCCAUAAUUUAAAUUGUGAAAUUUUUUAAAUACAAUUAUUUGUAAUCUUU